AUGGCUGCCUCUAGGUCUUCUAUUGCUCGUCUUAUAAACGCAUCUCAGCAUACUGCUUGUCCUUGCCAUGGCUAUAGUCCGGUACUAGCUCACUCCCACUUACAGACCAUCAGAAGUUUCGCGACUCCUGUUCAGCGUGUGGAGAAAGAGUACGCCUUUGAGGUUGCGGCAUCAAAUUUGAGAUUUGGGGAUGGCGUCACCGCGGAGGUCGGUAUGGACUUGAAGAACAUGAACCCCCGCAAGGUCGGCGUGUUCACCGAUCCCACCGUUGCAAAACUUCUCCCAAUGAAGACCACUUUAGAUGCACUUGAGGCGCAAACCGACCUUCCUUUCGAGGUAUUUGACCAGGUCGUCGCGGAACCAACGGAGGAUAGCUGGCGAAAGGCCAUUUCGUGGGCACGGGAGCAUGACUUUAGUCACUUCCUGGCAGUUGGGGGUGGAAGCGUCAUUGAUACAGCGAAAGCCGCAAACCUAUUUACUGUCUACAAGGAUUCGGAUCUUAUGGAUUUCAUCAACGCACCCAUUGGCAGAGGAUUACCUAUUACCGAGAAGCUCCGUCCCCUGAUUGCUAUCCCCACGACGGCGGGAACUGGUUCGGAAACUACAGGAACAGCAAUUUUAGACAUCACUUCUCGCGCGUUCAAGACCGGUAUCGCUAACCGUGCCUUAAAGCCGGUCCUUGGAAUUGUGGAUACCUACAAUACUGAGUCCUGUCCAACGGCGGUUCACAUAAGCGCAGGGCUUGACGUUCUGUUCCACAGCCUUGAGAGUUACACUGCUAUUCCCUACACGGAACGCACGCCACGUCCAUCUAAUCCCAUCCUACGACCUGCUUAUCAAGGAAGCAAUCCUGUUGCAGACAUAUUUUCUUUAUGGGCUCUUGAAACUACUGUCAAGCAUCUCCCACGGAUCGCUAAAAACCGUGAUGAUCAUGAAGCCCGUCGGCAAAUGCUGCUCGCAUCAUCAUUUGCCGGGAUCGGAUUUGGAAAUGCUGGUGUUCAUUUGUGCCAUGGGAUGAGUUAUCCGAUCUCUGGUUUGAAUAAAACGGGACCCAAGUACAAGCAUCCAGGAUAUGUUACGGACUUGCCAAUUAUACCCCACGGCAUCAGCGUGGCGCUAACUGGACCUGCAGUCUUCCAGUUCACUGCUCCUUCGUCUCCCGACCGACACCGUCAAGCACUAGCGAUUUUCAAUUCCACGACCCUGUCUGACCCUUCCGUCUCAAGAAUCCCAGACAUUGAGCUGAGUGCUUAUCUUUACGAGGCCAUUGCACGAUUCCUUGAUGGAUUAGGCGUACCUCGCGGGUUGAAGGCGGUUGGGUACAAAGCUGACGAUAUAUCGAGGCUUGUUGAAGGCACUCUACCUCAGCGCCGGGUUUUGGAUUUAGCACCUGGCAUUGGAGAUAUCAUAGGUUCUGACGGGAGGGAACACUUAUCUGGAAUUAUUGAGAGGUCUAUGGAGUAUUAA